AUGGAGGACAGUGCGCCAUCCAUAACUAGCAUCCAUAACCACAUCGACCACGCCACCGCAGACCAACAGCAACAGCAACAGCAACAAGCAUCUUCUUCGGACCUAAGGGCAGACCACGCUGGCGCGUCCGCGCAACUGGAAUGGGACAUGCAGGCUGCUGCAGGCCUUGCGCCGAACAAUGUCCAAAUCGCCAAAGUGCAACGCGCCUUCGACCGCAAGCCCACCUCGCCGUUCUCGCGUCGCCGCUUCAAAGUAGGCAAGAUCAUGAAGCGCACUGGACCCGGAUCUACAAAUGCUGCGCCCGCAGGCAUGUUCAACGUGCACAUUCGUGACUCUGCUAUGAAGACAGCAGCCGGCGGCAGCACACCGGUGAAAGCGGUCAAAAAGAUGCGCCUGGAGAACGAUACCAUGGAUCGUGCCAUGAGUAUAGUUAGUAAUUGGGAUGGGAGGGAAAGUCCCAAGAACCGGAGAAUCGCCACGAGAAGCUCGCUGGGACAAGAGGCGUUGAUCGCUUUGGCCGAGGACGAUGAAAAUCAGGAAGGUGAAAUGGACGAAUUGGACGUGACCGGACUAGUCGCAGAGAAUGAGGGGGAAGUGGAGGGGAGAAAUGAUCCCGUGGGUACUACAAUCGAGUUCUUUGACGAGAGCGGCGCAAAACUCGACACUUCCGUCGACGAUGACGAGUGGGCCGACGCCAGCGUAGGGUCAUCAGAUGUGGACGGCGAGAGCACUGCUGCAAGCACGCAUCUCGAGCUUCCCGCUGCGAUUGAAGGGCAGAUCCAGAUUGGCGCGGAGGAUGACUUUGACGACACUGCUACGGAAGUGGACGAUCCAGAGGACAACGCUCGAGGCUGGGAUAGGCUCCGUGGAGAGUUGCAGGAUGUGAGAAGAGCGGAAGCAAAGUCUUUCGGGAUACCAUUCGACGAGUAUAUGAAGCGCUUCUCUCCUUCAUCAUACACGACGGAAGGCAGCGACUCGCAAGAGGGCAGGCAUCAGCGGCCCAGUCCGACUUGCCCCGCGGCUGAGAAUGCCACGGCGCAAUUGUCGGAAGUGCUUUCCAAUACGUCUGCAGCACUGCCAGAUGGAUUUGUCUCACCAGUGAUCAAUCGAAGGCGGCCCAUAAGUCAGGUGAAGAUGCAAAACGCGGGCAGGCGUAAGACGCUCCCCAAGGACUUUGCAGCGCAGUACGCAGCCGCGAGAGCCAGCGAAAAGGCACGCGCUGCGGCUAACGGGAACAAGAGUCAGGAAAAUGAAAGUCAGGAUUCGUUAGACGAAGCAACGACGCCGUACACACCGGAGCAGACUCACAUACAGCAACAGCGGUUGAUGAGUCGCGAAGAUCCGAUGGAUAGUAUCGAAAGCGUAGAACGGCGUGAGUCAUCAGAAUCACAUUCUGCAGCAGGUGUCGUUUCUAGCGCAUCUGCCUCUAAGCUCUCAAGUCCGAUCCCGAGCAUAUCAGGAUCGCAUCCAAGAUUGCCACUCCGACGCUCGCCGAGGAGACAGUCUAGCAGUCCUUUCAAGGGAAAGAGCAUCUUGAAGUCCACAGCAAAACACCACUUGAUUGCUUUCACACCCAUCAAGCUACGGACACUGCCUGUAGCCCAAUCUCCAAUCUCUCCCUUGCCUUUCGUGCCCUCAGGUAUCACGAUAGAGGACAGCAGGCCCGAGCAGCCAGUGCGAUCAUCGUCGGCGCCGCCAGAGGAACAUCAAAUCACACUGCGGAAGCAUUAUCACCCUCGCAUAUCUGAUGACACGGCGCUACUCGAAGCGUUUGUCAAACGAGCUUCAGAGAGCAAGAAGCGCAAUAGCCUUUCCAACACCGCCAGACGCGAAUCGUUCGAGAGACAGAGUGAGUCUGCUGUGGUCCCACAGGCGCUUGCUGACAGCCCUGGGGAGCGAGUAGCCUCUGGCUCUAAGGAUGUACUCGGAGACUUGGACCCUAACAGCCCCUCUCCCCGCAAGGCAAACUCUGCUGCCAAUCUCAUGUUGCAUGACGAAAGAAGGAAUCUGCAGCUAGAAUACGCAAAGGAUCCAAUCAAAGACGACUUAGGCGAAGAUGAACUGGCGACAGAAUCUUCAAUACCUCAGAGGUUCGGGGCUAGCCGUAAAAGUGGACGAAUGCGAAAGAAGCCCGAGAGUCUCUUAGCGGGCACCAACUCCAGACCUGCGAAAAUCUCUAUCAAACGUAGUGGCGAGGGUGUUGUUUUGAAGCAGACCGAAGCAGCCAGGUUAGCAACGGAGACUAGGAAGAAUACUAAUAGUAACAAAAGUGGUGCCGUUCUGCCUCUGGUGCGGCUCCAGGCCCUUCGGGCGGAAGAGGAGGCUAGAGCUAGCCAAAAUUGUGAGCUGGGAAGUGACGUGAUGGAGAUUGAGAGACCGGUAGGGCGGCAUGGCAUCAGUUGGUCCGAGACGUUGGUAUCAUUUUACGAGGGCGUGGAGCCAGAAGUGAGCAUGAUGGCAGACGAACUUUCAAUCAAUCCGCUCUCGGCACAAGGCGAUGCCAGUACUGAGCUUGAGACUGGCCCUGCAGCUCUAUCGGCGAACGACACUCCCACGCCGAGGUUGCGACGCUUGAAGCCAUCGAGAACUGCGAGUACGCCUGGGAUUACGCCUGCGAAACGUACACUUCCAGGCGCGCUGUCUCUUGAAAAGGGAGAGCAAGAGUUGGAGGUCACCGCCGACGGGGCGCCCAAGCUGAGCGCGAAGCGUUCCGCCAAGCGCAAGGUGUCACGUAUUGCAACGCCUGCGAAGCCGAAAAGAGCUGAGAUGGAAGAUAGGGACGGAACUGUGACCGCAGCAGACCACGAGACGUCACAGGUGACGAUGCCGGCUAUUUCUUCGCGGAGUAGUAGGGAAGAGGCAUCGAGAACAGUGAAGAAUGCUACUGCUGCCUCGAAAGUGAAAGCGACUGCCUCUAAACUACCCGCUCCAGCCACAAGCAAUCCCAUGCCCGAAAAAGAGAACGGACUCGCUGCGUCGCCACCCAAGAAGCGCAUGACCAAGACGUCCCGCCAUGCUGCUGCUGCUGCGCCUACAAAGCUCAAUCUAUCGGGCGACACAACGAGUCUCGGUCGCACCCCACGGUUCGACAUCCAAAGGGCGGCUAAGAGCCGUCCAGGCGAUGAAGGCGCCAUGACGGGGCUCAUCUCGAGUCCUCCAAAGAAGGUCGGAAGCCUGAGAGCACUGCCUGGGAGAGAGGUAGCGAGAGGACUCGUGCUUGGAGCGGGGGUCGGGGUUGAAGAUGAAGACCCGCACCACCAUGGUGAGGUCUCGAUGAGAAGUCCGGCCAAGAAGGGUGGGAAGAGAGCAGCAGCAGCAACAAAUUAGGUGGCUCGCCUUCUGGACGUUAUAAGGCUCGUGGGGCGUGAGACCUGCCACCAGUCACACACAUCAGGCGGAGAAUACGAUACUACGCACAUUGCCAGUGAGUCUCGUUGGAAGUGAGGUCGAGUUAGACUCAGCCUGGACGCCUCCCCCGCCGAACCCUUCGUUGUAACCCGGUCACAUGAUGAUGAUGAUGAUGGAACAUAGUGCUAUAGAUCUUUCCAACCGCGUGCGCGCAGUCAUAUGCCCGUGUCCGUUCUAUUGGGUUCAGCAGAGCUCGGUCUAUCGUGUAUACCUAGGUAGGUAUGUAUACGGUCGGCAAACGACGGCGAGUUUUGGCGAU